AGAAAAAGGUGGUUUGCCUGCAGAGAGGUGAAGCUUUUCAGUGCUUCCUGCUGCAUUUUUCGUUGGAGUCCUCAAGUCUCUCUGGAGCUGGAGGAUGGAGGCAGAGCUGCUGUCUGGGCUCACAGCGAUACCCCUUGGGGGGAACGGGAGCACCUACUCAGAAACAGACACAGUCCUGCUGCCCCUGGCACAGGGCUCGGCCAUGCUUACCAUCCGUUGUGUGAUCCCCUCGCUCUACCUGCUCAUCAUCACCGUGGGCUUACUGGGCAACAUCACCCUCAUGAAGAUCUUCAUCUCCAACAGUGCCAUGAGGAGCAUGCCCAACAUCUUCAUCUCCAGCCUUGCUGUUGGUGACCUAUUGCUGCUGGUGACCUGUGUGCCUGUUGAUGCCUCCCGGUACUUCUCUGAGGAGUGGCUCUUUGGGGAGGUGGGCUGCAAGCUCAUCCCUGCCAUCCAGCUCACCUCCGUCGGUGUCUCUGUCUUCACCCUCACUGCCCUCAGUGCCGACAGGUACAAAGCAAUUGUAAAUCCCAUGGAUAUCCAAACAUCCAGUGCAGUGCUAUGGACCUGUGUUAAAGCCGUUGCCAUUUGGGUAAUCUCCAUGCUGCUGGCAGUUCCUGAAGCAGUGUUCUCCGAACUGGCCCACAUCAAUGGCUCAGACAAUGCCACUUUCACAGCAUGCAUACCAUAUCCCAUGACGGAUGACAUACACCCAAAGAUCCAUUCUGUGCUGAUUUUCUUAGUGUAUUUCCUUAUCCCUCUUUCCAUUAUUAGUAUCUAUUACUAUCAUAUUGCAAAGACUUUAAUAAAAAGCGCUCACAACAUCCCUGGAGAAUACAGUGAACAUUCCAAAAGACAGAUGGAAACUCGGAAACGUCUGGCAAAAAUAGUUCUAGUUUUUGUUGGCUUCUUUGCUAUCUGUUGGUUUCCUAACCAUGUGCUAUACAUGUACCGGUCCUUUAAUUAUCAUAAGAUUGAUCCAUCAACAGGACAUAUGGUCAUUACCCUAGUGGCCCGAGUGCUAAGCUUCUGCAACUCUUGUGUAAACCCAUUUGCAUUGUAUUUGCUCAGUGAGAGUUUUAGAAGACAUUUCAACAGCCAACUUUGCUGCAGGAGGAAAUCUCAGCAACAAAGAUCUGCCAGUUACUUGCGCAACUCUUCUGCAGUUCGAAUGACUUCCCUGAAAAGUAAUAACAGGAACACAGUGACCAGCAUGACACUCCUGAAUGGGCACAACUCCAAACAAGAAAUGUCAUUAUGAGUGAAUAGGUGUGAACUGGGAACAGAUUUGAGCUUUUUCUUUGUGGUGUGUCACUUCUGGCUCUCUCAAUAAACUUAGGCCAGCUGGUCCUCAGGACAGAGGAUCCGUUAAAGUCUUUCUGAGUUUUUUUCACAUCUAGUCUUACUUAUAGAAAGAAGUGAAAUGUGUGUUUUAUUUAGAAGACUAAACUGACUGGCUUCAGAUUGUUCCUCACAGAAGAUGCUAACAUAUAUUUAACAUAUAAGAAAACAAAAUAAUGGUGUGAAUGUUAGUAUAGCUGUUCUAAUCUUACUUUAAAAAGCAUAGAUUUUCUGAUCUGUAAAAUAUCUGCUUUUAAAUGAAUAUUGAUCCAGACUCAUGUCUUACUCUAAUGGAUUCUGCAUGAUUUUUAGCUGUGCUCUUUGUACAGGCAUUGUUCAUUAAGACUGGUAAGCAUUAUUUGAACCAAUUAAAGAGUCAUUCAAAGAUAUAAUUCUAG